AUGAGCACUGAGGAUUCUAAUUUGGCUAACAUUGUCAGUAUAGCCAAAAAGAAGUGUAAUUUCCAAGAUGGAAACAACCUAGAAUACUCUUCUCUAGCAGUAAAUAAUACAAAUGAUAUAGAAAAGGGACAACAAAAUUGUCAUGAAGUUCUUAACAAAAAUCAAAUUUAUUCAGUUCUAUAUAAUGAACUAUUCAAUUCCAAAAAGUGGUUUAUCUUUGAUAAUACUCCAAAUAUAUCUAUAAAAUUAUUUUUCAGCAUUACUUUUUACUUUAUUGUAAGUUUAUCGAUAGUCUUUUUAAAUUAUCAAAUUUUCUCUGGGAUGGCUCAUUAUCCAAUAUUUGUGUCAUGGUUUCAACAACUUGUUGGCCUAUUGACCAUGUAUUUAUUAGGCCAGUUAGCUAAAAUUAGUCCAUUUUUAAAUAAUUAUAUUGAUCAUUUUGAAUUGGAAUUUGGUAUUAUUAAAAAGGUUUGGUUUUUAUCUUUGGCAUUUGUAGGAAUGAUAGCAUUUAGUAAUACAUGUUUAAAAUAUGUCUUAAUUUCAACAUAUCAAGUAGCAAGAAGUACUACAAUCUUAUUCAAUAUUAUUUUAGCAUAUAUUGUAUUAGGGCAAAGAACUUCAUUUAAAUCAAUUAUAGCAUGUCUUGUUGUGGUUAUUGGCUUUAUAAUAGGCGCUUUAGAUCCAACAACCUUAAGCCUAUUUGGAGUAAUUAUGGGUAUGGGGUCUUCUGCUGUACAGGCAAUUUAUAAUGUAUUAAUUAAAAAACACUUAAAUACAGUAAAUAAUAAUCAACUAACUUUACUUACAUAUCAACUUUAUCUUUCUUCAGUUUUAUUUAUUCCAUUAGUACUUAUAACUAAAGAAUACGAAUGUGCAGUACUUUUAUAUCCUAUCAAUGGAUUUACAUCUAAGACUAUCCAAAUUUGGUUUAGUUUAAUACUUUCUGGUUUACUUUCAAUAUUAAUAAAUUUUGCAACAUUUAUAUUAAUAAAAGUUACUAAUCCUGUAACAUUUAAUAUAGUAGCAAUGUGUAAGGCUUGUGUACAGACUAUUGGUGGUAUACUAUUUUUCAAUGAACCUAUUACAAUCCAGUCAUUUCUUGGAAUAUUACUGACUAUUCUUGGUUCAUAUUGGUAUAGUAUUUCAAAAGAUUAUUUUGAAAAAAGUAGUACAAAUGAACCUUUAAGUUCUAGAAAAAAUCUAGGAAAUACAAACCAUGAUAUUACUAAUAACACAUGCAAAAUUGUAGAGUUUGUAGAAAUAAAUCAAAUAAAUAUUAAUAAUACUAUUGAUGAAAUAAGUGAAUCCGAAGAUGAAGAUAAAUAUAUUGAAGUUUUGAAGGUUGACAAUAACAAAAUAUUGGCAGAAAAAUCCUUUAAAUACCAUUCCAAUUAUAGUACAGAUACGAAGUCUACAGAGGAUAGUUCACAAAACUUAGAAUCAGAUAGUUCAUCAACAAUUUCAGUAGAUGAUGGCUCAGGAUUUGAUGAAUAA